AUGAGCACAUUUGCUCGAAGUGAUGCUGUUCACAUUCCUGGAUAUAUGCCAAGAAAACAAAAUUCGACUCCUAACCCACCAACUACUCAUCGUAUUUAUGAUCGCAGCCAUGUUUAUUCACGUUCAUGGAACCCUGAAUGUUCUUCACCUCCUACGCAUUCAUCUCAACAAUCAGCUCAUUUUUCUUAUCAUUAUAAUAGGCCUGAUGAAUUUCAAUAUAAUACUCCGACGGAUCGUUAUCCUUCACGAUCCAGCUAUGAAGCUGCACAAGCAGAUCAAUACUCAUCUGAUGCAUGUUAUGAAAAUCCAGAACAGAUAUAUCCACAAACACUAUUCAUUCCAACAAUCAAUGAGCCUGUUCAAGCUAACUCGUUAUCUGUUCGACAAUUUCAAAGACAAGCGAAAUCAUUUGACGAUCGACCACGAGCACCUGAUGGUCGAAGACCGUCUAUGGCUGAUCGAAGAACUGUUUCUGUUACGGAACCUCGUAAUCAGUUUGUCCGGCAGUCAACUGUCCAACAGCAUACAGGCGAUGAAUCACCUGUAACCAAAGCAUGUCAUUCCCUUUGGGCAGCAAAAGGUCAUUUAGAGCAAUUGCACGCAUUAGGAAUAUCUGAUCCUUCAUCAGCAUCAACUUCUUUCGAUUCAAACACUGAUAGUCAGUCAGUAGCAAUGGAACCAAAACCGAAACAGGAAGAAAAUGCAGAUCGGAAACGAAUGAAGUACAAAUCGCUUCUCAUUCAACGAAAAUUUCUUUCCACGACCGCAGUAUCAUCGAUGGAUUCAACGAACAGCACCGAAUCCUCAGCGCAUGAUCCUUUGUUCACCAGUAGUGUGGACUCUCUCAAAAGUGAUUUAGAACAACGUAGACUAUCUCUAAUGACCCGUCAUAGUAAUGUAAGCUCUCCGCACAUAGGUGGAUCGUCACGUUUAGAAAGAGAUUACAGUGUUGAUACCAAGAGUGAUAACUUGUUUCGAGAGUGGAGUAGAGUCGAUCCAGCUUAUGCUGCUCGAGACCAUCGGGAAUUUACUCCUCCUGUCGCUGCCCCUACUCCGAUAAGGCUUCAACGAGGCUCAACACAGGAUCCUUAUAGUCAACCACAACGAGAUCGUAUGUACGGCAGACAGAUGACGAUAGCAGGUUCAAGCCAUGUAGUUCCCUUCAUAUGUUAUCCGGAUGAACAAAACUGCAGUCGAUGA